AUGCAAUUGUUAACUAUCAAGGUUUAUUCCAACUAUGCUUGCAAUAGUUACACCAAUGAUGAUGAUAAAUCCACUUUAGAUCAACCGUCAAAAUACAGGGUUGUUCAUGUCUCAAGAAAAAUGAAAACACUCGAUGGUGCAGAUAGUAAAAUAAAAUCAGCUUUUAAUGUAAGAUAUUUUACCUUGACAAUUCCUCUAAGAAAAAAAACUGAAAUUAUUCAUAUAGUCAACUCUGCUCCCAAAAAAUAUGAGAAAAUAAACAUAACUUAUGAGAGCCCUGUAUUUUUUCGUCUACCUAGCGCUUAUUUCAACAUUUAA